GCGGCGGCGGCGGCAGCGGAGUUCGGGCUGCGUCUGGGGCGGCGGGUUCGCGGCCGACCUGGGCAGGAGAACCAGCACGUAGAGCCGGGCCGCGGCCCGCGACUUGGCGACCAAGCAGCGGCGCUGCUGCUGCAGGGCUUGGGCGCGCGGCCUGGCGGGACUGAGGACGCCGGGGCUGCAGGGUACGGGCGCCGCGGGCCGGGGCGCGCCAGAUGAUGGAUUUGGAUGUGCUUCUAUGAAGAAAUGCCACGUGUCUCAACUGGCCCAAGAACAAACAUGUCCAGACUACUGCCACCUUAGGGGAUUAGGGCUUGGUGACAGCGCGUCCCGGGGAAUCAGGUGUGGUCUGACCCAGGAACAGGAAACACAUCAUCACCAAUGACAUCAUGACAGCAAGAGAGCACAGCCCUCGCCAUGGUGCCAGGGCCCGUGCGAUGCAGCGGGCUUCUACCAUUGAUGUGGCAGCUGACAUGCUGGGCCUCUCUCUGGCAGGAAAUAUCCAAGAUCCAGAUGAGCCCAUUUUAGAAUUCAGCUUAGCUUGCAGUGAGUUGCAUACUCCAUCGCUAGAUCGAAAACCAAAUAGUUUUGUAGCAGUGAGUGUAACCACCCCUCCUCAGGCAUUCUGGACAAAACAUGCACAGACGGAGAUCAUUGAGGGAACCAACAAUCCUAUAUUUCUAAGCAGUAUUGCCUUCUUUCAAGACUCCCUUAUCAAUCAGAUGACACAAAUCAAACUCUCCGUGUAUGAUGUCAAAGAUAGAUCUCAGGGAACAAUGUAUUUACUGGGCUCUGGAACAUUCAUUGUCAAAGAUCUUCUCCAAGACAGGCAUCAUAGGUUGCAUUUAACAUUAAGAUCUGCAGAGAGUGACCGCGUGGGUAACAUCACCGUGAUUGGCUGGCAGAUGGAGGAGAAGUCGGACCAGCGGCCUCCUGUGACUCGGUCUCUGGACACCGUCAAUGGGAGGAUGGUUCUGCCCGUUGAUGAGAGCUUGACUGAGGCAUUGGGAAUCCGAUCCAAAUAUGCUUCGCUGCGAAAAGACACUUUACUGAAAUCGGUGUUCGGCGGCGCCAUUUGCCGCAUGUACCGGUUCCCCACCACCGACGGCAACCACCUGCGGAUCCUGGAGCAGAUGGCAGAGAGCGUGCUCUCGCUGCACGUGCCCCGGCAGUUCGUGAAGCUCCUGCUGGAAGAAGAUGCAGCCAGAGUGUGUGAACUGGAGGAGUUGGGGGAUCUGUCCCCUUGCUGGGAGAGCCUCCGGCGCCAGAUUGUCACUCAGUACCAGACCAUUAUCCUCACGUACCAGGAGAACCUCACUGACCUCCAUCAGUACAAAGGUCCCUCGUUUAAAGCAAGCAGUUUGAAAGCAGAUAAAAAGUUAGAAUUUGUUCCUACAAAUUUGCACAUACAGAGGAUGAGAGUUCAAGACGAUGGGGGGUCAGAUCAGAACUAUGACAUCGUCACCAUCGGAGCGCCAGCAGCACACUGCCAAGGUUUUAAGUCAGGAGGUCUCCGCAAAAAGCUGCACAAAUUUGAAGAGACCAAGAAGCACAGUUUUGAGGAGUGUUGUACACCAUCCAGCUGCCAGUCCAUAAUCUACAUACCACAGGACAUCAUCAGAGCCAAGGAGAUCAUUGCCCAGAUCAAUACCCUGAAAACCCAAGUGAGUUAUUAUGCAGAGCGGCUCUCCAGGGCAGCCAAGGACAGGUCUGCCACAGGUCUUGAAAGAACCCUCGCCAUUCUAGCAGACAAGACCCGGCAGCUGGUCACCGUGUGCGACUGCAAGCUGCUGGCCAACUCCAUCCACGGGCUGAACGCAGCGCGACCCGACUACAUUGCCUCCAAGGCCUCCCCCACGUCGAGUGAGGAGGAGCAGGUGAUGCUUAGGAACGACCAGGACACCCUCAUGGCCAGGUGGACGGGGAGGAAUAGCCGGUCUUCUCUGCAAGUGGACUGGCAUGAGGAGGAGUGGGAGAAAGUGUGGCUGAACGUAGACAAGAGCCUGGAGUGCAUCAUUCAGCGGGUGGACAAGCUGCUGCAGAAGGAGCGCCUGCAUGGCGAGGGCUGUGAGGAUGUCUUCCCUUGCGCAGGCAGCUGUACCAGCAAGAAAGAUUGCAGCCCCCCUCCUGACGAGUCCAGCCCAGGUGAAUGGAGUGAGGCUUACCCCCUGCUGACCACCCUCACAGACUGUGUGGCCAUGAUGAGUGACAAGGCCAAGAAGGCAAUGGUCUUCCUGCUGAUGCAGGAUAGCGCUCCCACCAUAGCCACGUACCUAAGCCUGCAGUACCGCCGGGAUGUGGUCUUCUGCCAAACUCUGACUGCUCUCAUCUGUGGCUUCAUCAUCAAGCUGAGGAACUGCCUGCAUGACGAUGGCUUCCUGCGCCAGCUCUACACCAUUGGGCUGCUGGCCCAGUUCGAGAGCCUGCUGAGCACCUAUGGUGAGGAGCUGGCUAUGCUGGAGGACAUGAGCCUUGGAAUCAUGGACCUGAGGAACGUGACCUUCAAAGUCACUCAGGCCACUUCUAAUGCAUCAACAGACAUGCUGCCCGUCAUCACUGGAAAUCGUGAUGGGUUCAACGUGCGGAUCCCUCUGCCGGGCCCCCUGUUCGACGCCCUGCCCCGGGAGAUCCAGAGUGGCAUGCUGCUGCGGGUGCAGCCCGUCCUCUUCAAUGUGGGCAUCAACGAGCAGCAGACACUAGCCGAGAGGUUUGGUGAUACGUCUUUACAAGAAGUUAUCAAUGUGGAAAGUUUGGUGCGGUUAAAUUCCUACUUCGAGCAGUUUAAGGAAGUUUUGCCUGAAGAUUGCCUACCUCGAUCUCGGAGCCAGACCUGCCUCCCAGAGCUGCUGCGAUUUCUGGGCCAGAACGUACAUGCCAGGAAGAAUAAGAACGUCGACAUUCUCUGGCAAGCUGCUGAGAUCUGCCGCCGCCUUAACGGGGUCCGGUUCACCAGCUGCAAGAGCGCCAAGGACCGCACGGCCAUGUCGGUGACGCUGGAGCAGUGCCUGAUCCUGCAGCACGAGCACGGCAUGGCCCCGCAGGUGUUCACCCAGGCCCUGGAGUGCAUGCGCAGCAUUGGAACACGGGAGGUAGUCACCCAGAAGAACUUGAGCGGCCUGGUGCCCAUCCGAGACUUAAGACUAGACCCCAGCCUCCUCUGUUCCAUCCCUUUGUUAGCCUUGAGCCCCAAUUUACUGAUUGUGUGGCUCUUCCUGAGCAUAGCAUACCUGGUGACCAAAUUACGUUGCAAAUGAGUAUCAUUACGAAAAAUCAGUAAUAAGUCACAAGAAAAACAAAAGUGCCAGAAUAUGUCCAGCCACCUGUGUACCUAACUGGACAGAAGGAAUGUGUCAAAGCGUGGUCUGCCAAGAAAUAUCUCAUGCCUUACAGUUUGAUGUUUUGUUGUUCUGAACUGUAAAUACCUGCCAAAUUAUUUCACCAAGAGGACUUGUUCAUUUAACUUCCGUAGAGUUUUCAGUGCUU